AUGUCCCCGCCGGACGUCUCCGAACUUUCCUCUCAUUUCGCAAGCGCGACUAUGGGGCCUGACAUGUCCGACAUGUCUCUGGCCGAUCUCCAACCCCAACGGAGACCCAACAACGUCCCACCUCCAAGGUUCAGUUUGUUUAAACAGGAGAAACAGGGCGAUGAUUCUGGCGCGGCAGACGAUGAAGCAGAAGAUGAUAUUGAGACCACUCUUACCCCUGGCCGAGAAAAUAUUGUGGCUGUCUCAACGUCAGAUGAUCGGCAUGAGCAUAAGGAUCCAACGACUUUCGAAACGCCUGUGUCGAAGGCCCAGCCGACCGAUCCCCUAUCGCAAGAGCCAGCUUUACAUCCUCAACAGCUCACCGAAGAGGAGCGUCUCCGGCGACAACUCUUCGACAUGCAACGUAUCAAUGCUUCAUUCAAUGAAUACUUUGCCGCCCUAAGCGCUGUCCGUGAUCGCCAACAGAGCCUUGCAUCCAAAGUCGAAAACACGAAACAACUUCUUGACCGUUAUGUCGCUAUCCUCGGCCAAGCAGAGCAUAAUGCACGUUUAUUGCUCGAUCCUACAUGGGAAGGUGCUCAGGCUGACUCCGAACGCAUCAAUGAAGCGAGGGCACGGGAAGAAGAGGAGAUCAGAAAAGCGAAAGAGGAGGAAAUGAGGAGAGAAGAAGAAAGACAACGUCAAGAAGAGGAAGAACAAAAGAAACUUGCUGCCUCUGCAGUCAAAAGGGGUACUGUUCGAGGAAGAGCUGCUGUCGGAAGAGGGAUCCAUGCUCGUGGGGGAAAUAUACCAGCGCGCGGAGCUCGACUUGUACCCUCAUCAACCGGCCUUAACCGGCCCCCAGUCACAAAGGCCAAUGGGUUAAGGGGCCGUGGUGCCGCAUCUGGGAUUCCGCAAAGCGGAAUCCGCCCUCCGAGUGCGAUACGCGGGAGUAAUCCAAGAGGUGCGGGCAGAGGCACCCGAGUAGUGUGA